UUCACCCUCUGUAUACUGCUUGAACUUAGCAGAGCUUCUGUUCGUCAAGUCAGUUUUGGUCGAGAGGGCAGCGAUGGGGACCAUGGAUAUGAACUGAUGAAAAAGCACCGCAGUUUUGACGACUUCGCCAACGGAGCUCACGAGAGUGCCAGUGCUUGGAACUACAUUGACAAAAAGGCUGAUGAAUCAUAUGGCCACGCUAAUUCAUGGAAUAAAGAAGCCCGGAAAUCAGGUGUUCACCGUCAUACUGCUGGCAGCAAUUCUGACUUCGGCACUAAGGACUACGGACGAGGUUUCUUCUAUACUGUG